AUGAAAUCGGAAGACGCUGCGGCAUGUCAUCCACUAUUCCCUACGAUACCGGAACCGUAUGCAUUAUUAGCUUACCAUCUACCUGAAGUGCCACAAAUGAUGGUGUCGAAUUCAUUUCUAAACCCGUACUCGUUCUCUAUUCUACCAUCAUUCCCGGAUCCAAUGCUCUUCACACUUCCGGUUCCAACUUCACGGUCUUCUCUUUGCACUCAAGCUGUGACCUUUGCGGAUUCCCCACAUCAGCUGAAGAAUCUGGCAGAAUGUUCCUCACAAUCACGCAGAAGUUCACAUUCAACUGAAUCCGGAGCAUCAUCGCUUCGAAACACACGAGAGUGUGUUUCUUCUGAAGAAAGCUGCCAAGUAACGUCACGACUUCGAAGAGGACGGCCACAACAAGACAUAAGUGAUGAUGACGAUGAUGAUCCGAAUAGCCAGAAACGACGCCAUCGACGACUGUACGCUCGGCAAUACAGAGCCCAAAUACGGCACAAAGUCGACGAGGUGAAAGUACUGAAGGCGAAACUGGAUGAAAUGAAACGAACCAUUGAAAAGUUGGAAACGACCUUGGAAAGUGAACGAAGAGAGCAUCAACAGAAUACCAUUCUCUUGAACUCAGUGAUCCAAUCGAAACUUAUCCCCCAAGUCAUUAGUCAAUGA